UAGGCCUUAGGGCCGUUCGGAUAUAUUUCUGCAAAAUGGAAACUUAUACAGACUUUGAAAAUGACAGUAAUGAGGUCAGUUUUGCCGAUUUUCUUAAGUUUGAAGAUGACGAGAAUAUGGAAGAUGAUAUGAGUUCCAUAACACAGGUCUGUGUUGAUGAAGAUCCUGAAGAAGAAACAGUCAGAAAACUAACCCGAUCUAAAUCAGUAAAUGAUAUUAGUGGUACAGCCCAGAACAAGUCAACAUUUGAUGGGUCGGGAGGCAGUGAGCCGCAAUCUAUUAAUGAAAGAUCUAAAUCAAAGUCUACAAGCAUAAAUUUUGAGAUACAGAACAGGUUGGACAAUAAUGUUAACGAUGGGUAGGCCAAUUUUUCACAUUCUUGAUUCUUUUUUUUUGCCCUCAUUGUUUUAACUUCGUGUAUGUGUGUAAAAUAAUAUUAAAAAUUGAGAAUUGACAAUUCACUUUUGCAGACAAGGCAAAGUUGUAGGGCUAUACUAUACAUGGACUUCCUUAUUUUAACUAAAACUAGUGCUAGUAGGAAAGCAACAAAUAAAUAAGUAUAGUAUAACUUAUAUGUAUAAGUAUAGAAGUGGCUAUUCGGACUGUGACUAUUGGAUUACGAGAAAUGAGAGGUUGGAUUUAAAAAAUAUUAAAAUAUUAUUGUUGGGUCUGUAAGAUAAAAUUUGGUAUUGAAUGAAAGAUAAUUGAAUGGACUAUCUCUAUUCUCUAUGUUUGUAACCUUAUUUGUCUUCAGUUAAACUAAAAUAAACUACCAUAAAUGACAUCCGAAUAGCAUUUAGUGAAAAUCAAACGGAUACGCAUUGCCGCUAUUCGGACCUAGGUCCCAUAUUAUGUCGUGUAGUACUGGUAAUUAGUAAUAGUAUAGCUUGGCCUAUUCAAUAGGGCUUAUCAUUUAAUGGCAGAAAUCUAUUAAUAGAAUUGCUGCAAUCAUCUGGGUACUCGGGUCAGACAAAAUGUCAACACUAACACUGUUCAGUACUAAUAUUAUAGCAAAGUGGCCCUUAACCUUAAUCAAAACUUGUUUACAACCAAAUUUUACUAAAUAUUUUACUCAAUUUUUCUUUUACUGCUUUACUAUAGUCAACAAUAUGUAGGGUUGCCAGGUCUGCUUCCAAAAAAUAGCGGACAAGCGCGCACAGGUGGGGGGGAGUGUUUUAAAAGUAUUUAAAAAAUUAUUUUUUUUUACAAUUUAAGUAUAUAUUUUCUUACAAACAUUACUUAAAAAUAGAAUGUAAAUAAUUGGUAAAUAGGGAAGGAAAAUGCCACUAUUUUAUCAGUCGCCGCCAUCUUGGUUGACACCUCACGUGAAGUGGCUGAAAGUAGUGCAAAACACGUGUUUUGAAAAAGGAAGGCGAGGGAGGAAAAAUGUUUUAAUUUUUCAAAAUGAAAGGAAGGAAAUAAAUAAAUUUAAUAGCAUUUUUUUGAAGAUCUAUGCCUAACCCGAACCCUAAAUCACUAAAUCUAUCCCUAUGCCUAACCCGAACCCUAAAUCACUAAAUCUAUCCCUAUGCCUAACCUGAACCCUAAAUCACUAAAUCUAUCCCUAUACCUAACCCGAACCCUAAAUCACUAAAUCUAUCCCUAUGCCUAACCUGAACCCUAAAAUCACUAAAUCUAUCCCUAUGCCUAACCCGUACCCUAAAAUCACUAAAUCUAUCCUUAUGCCUAACCCGAACCCUAAAUCGAUCCCUAAAACUAACCCUAAAGCCACAAGUAAAACACAUGGAAUUAACACACUGUAGCAAGAAAACUCAAAAAAUGGAAAAAAUCAAUAAAAAUUGGCGAAAAAUAAUAAGAACAUAAAUAAAUAAUGAAAAUCCAACUUACAGUUUCAUGAAAUACACUUUUACACACUUUAUUUCAGAUUGCACAAAUAAUAUCCAGAUAAUGAAUGGAGCACAAGAACCGGCAAGCCCGGCCAAAAUGUAGGCAAUAUGGUGUCACAAAUAACUAUGCAAAUUAGCCAACCAAUCAUAAUAAAAUAAUUCUCUAAAAAUAAACAAAGGGAAGUGACUCUACCUAAAAUACGUUGUGGCAUUUUCAAUGAUGAACAGCCUAAUAAUUUUAUAAACUUUAUUAAAUGUCUUGUGAAACAAUUGAAUAUCAUAGAAUGAUAAUCAUUUUUUUCGGAGAAUUGAGUUCAAUCAAUAUUUGAUCUUUGCCUCAUUCUAACUAAUGAAAAAAAGACAACACGCGAUUCUCCUAUCCUUAUUCUCUUAGACUGUACAACUUUAGAUUACGUACCAUUUCAUCAAAAAGCUUUUGAAUUAAAAAAAUGUCCACUAUUUUGUGAAAAAAAAAUAAUAACAUAAUGGAAAAAAUGCAGACUGUUCACUAAAAUAGUGGACACCUGGCAACCCUAACGAUAUACAUUUUGUAAAAUCAGACAUUUCGUGUGCUGGAUGGCCGAGUGUUCUAAACUGACUCAAUGCCAGUAGCUGGUGGUCUGUAGCUCAUUCCCUACCAAAGCCAACAUCCCAAGCACUCCGGGUGGAUGGGACUCGCUAGCCUUGGACUAAGAAAAGGCAAACUCGGCUUUCAAAAUAAAGAAAAAAAAUAGUAAAAGGACUUCAUUGCACAUAAGGCACAGUUAACAGUAACUCUUGACCAGGGUGACCAAACGUCCUGUAAAGACGGGAUUUUCCAGUUUUUUCACGAUCGUACCCGUGUCCCGAAAAAGUCUUUUGAGAUGCCUAAAUGUCCCGUUUCUAAAACCAAACACAUUUUCAGAUCACUAAAACUUCUCACCGGUAUUUAUAAUAUAACUUCAAAUAAUAUUUUGGGUAGCUGUGUAGCCAGUGCCAGUAGUGAUGUGGGCUCGCGUGAUCCCUGCACUGUCCCCCCUCUCCACCCCUCUGCCGAUGCCGCGUGAACGGGAGUGUCCCUGCCAUAGAUAUAUGUAUAGGUCUCAAAAUAGUGAAAAUGGGCAUGUUUCAAUAAACAGUUUCUGGCAGAGGCCGCCGGACUCCUAUUUAGCUGGAGGGGAUCCCCGUGUGUCCAGUUUUUUCCAGUUCAUAUUUGGUCACCCUACCCUAGAUACAAAGAUCGACCGCACAUGCAUGGUGUUAUUAUUAUUAUUAUUGGUGUUUUAUAUAGCGCUGGGCUCACAACGCUGUACAUACAAUUUAACAAACAUAAUCAUGAACUUAAAAAAUUAACAUACAUUAAUUAAAUAAAACAAAACAAAGGUAUAUUCAUUUCCUAAAACUCAUAAAAGUGUACAAGAUGGGUUAGGAGUCACAUAGAAAGAGCUAAUGAGGCAAUGACGUGAUAUAAAAUACUUGUUUUAAGAAAUAUUUGUCCAACAUUCUAAAAAUAGUAACAUUAUGUAGUACACGUACAAGUUUUCCGGUCUUAGAAAUGACAAGCCCUAUUUGAUUUUGAUUUUCCAAUUAUAAAAAUUGUUCACUGGCACUGGCUAAAACUAAUAAUAAUAACUACUCAUACUAAUACUCAUAAUAACAAAACAACAAAUAAAAACACUUAGACUUAGGGCGAUAGAUCUUAGUCUUAAUUAUUAGCCUCUUAAUAUUUUAUUUCUCAUCACCGUUCUCUAUUUGAAUAUUUUUAAAAUUAAAUUUAGGCCCUUGUCUCAUCAAUAAUUUAAUGUAGACCUACUAGCCAGUGCCAUAGGCCUAAACAGUGCCAUAGGCCUAGCCAGUGCCAUAGGCCUAGACAGUGUCAUAGGCCAAGACCUAUUAACAAUUAUAAUUCCUGCUGAGAUGGAGAAUUAUUGUCAUUUUUUUAUUAUUUAAUUUAAACCAAAAGUGGUUAAAGUAUUGAAGGUACAUAAGAUUCAUACCAGUAGUCAUAGUGAACCAACAGUGGCUAUAGUAUUGAAUGAACAUAACAUUCAUACCAGUAAUCAUACUGAACCAACAGUGGUUAGAGUAUUGAAUGAACAUAACAUUCAUACCAGUAGUCAUAGUGAACCAACAGUGGUUAAAGUAUUACAUGAACAUAACAUUCAUACCAGUAGUCAUAGUGAACCAACAGUGAUUAAAGUAUUGAAUGAACAUAACAUUCAUACCAGUAAUCAUACUGAACCAACAGUGGUUAAAGUAUUGAAUGAACAUAACAUUCAUACCAGUAAUCAUACUGAACCAACAGUGGCUAUAGUAUUGAAUGAACAUAAUAUUCAUACCAGUAGUCAUACUGAACCAACAGUGGUUAAAGUAUUGAAGGAACAUAACAUUCAUACCAGUAAUCAUACUGAACCAACAGUGGCUAAAGUAUUGAAAGAACAUAAGAUUCAUACCAGUAGUCAUACUGAACCAACAGUGGCUAAAGUAUUGAAUGAACAUAAGAUUCAUACCAGUAGUCAUAGUGAACCAAGUUAAGAUUUAGGCUACCUAUUUAAAAUUUAUUAUUAUAGACUGUUAAUUAAGUAUUUUAGUGGUUUAUUAAUAUCAUAUGACAUGUAUUUUAGCUUUAUUAGGAUUUGAAUUAUUUACUCUUCUGAUGGCAAAGUAACAUUUAAUUAAGUGAAUGAUAUUUAUUUUACUGUAAGUAGCACUGGUGACUAACAUUAACAGUGUUAUACAAAGCCUACAAAUAAUUUAAUAUUGCAAUUACAGUAGAGCCUCGAUUAUCCAAAAUAAUGGGUUAUAUGAACUGCCCCUUUAUUUUUAUUAUUAUUAUUGAUGUAAAAAAUUUGAAUGGCAUAGAGCAUUGGCGUAAAAUCACCAUAAAAAAACAAUUUCAGCCCCUGUUGCACGAUCCAGGUAAUCUAGAUAUGAGAAGUGACCAGACUAGGAAAAGGCCGUAUGCAAGCUUGUUAAUUAAGGUCAUCUUGUAUUAUUUAUGUGUAUUAAAUAUUUACUUUUUAUAUCCCUUUAAGAAGGUACUAUGAAACACAUUGUCGUUAGGAUUAACAUAAUACAAAUACUAUGUUGAUACUUGUUUAGUAAUAUCUGAUUUUAAAAGGACACAUUUAGUAGACAGUGUUUAUCUCACGUUGAAAGAGAUGGAGCUUGGGGGGGACUCGAUGUGAUCGUGUACUCUGACUCAAGAUCUGCUCUCGAGAUCUUGAGAAAGAGACCAGGUACCACUCACCUUGUUGACGUCAUAAUUUAUGAUGUGUACAAGAUCGGUGACCUAGAAGGCAAGGUGGCAGUGCAAUGGAUCCCAGGUCACGUCAACGCCAGUGGCAAUGAGAAAGCAGACACCCUGACAAAAACCGGGGCUGCCCAGCCUCAGCCAAAAGUACCAAUAACAUUUGGGAAUAAGGAACUGGCUGGCAGACCACUUUAGGACGAAGUGGUACAGGCAAUGGGUAGUCAAUACGACUGUCAGAGGCGUCUAUUUGAAUUUGCCGCCUAGCAGACAGGACCCAUGAUGGGCCGUAGACAACAGAGUUUAGUGAUGCAGAUGCGCACAGAGCACCACCCCAUAGGCACAUACUUCUGGCGGCUAGAUAACAACAGGGACCCUAACUGUUGGCAUUGCAGCCUGGUUCCGGAGACACUAGCGCACAUGUUGACCGAAUGUCCCUCAUUAGAUUCUUGGGGGAAGCCAGGACGAUUGGAGAGCCCUACAUGAGGAAAAUGUUGUAUGGCUCAGCUCAGCAGACGGAGCUGGUAGACAAUGUAAUAAGAGAGUAAUCUCAGACCCUCUUCAGAAAAUGUGUGUUAGUAAAGAAUUUGAAAAUAACAACUUAGUUUUUUAUUACAUUAUUGUCAAAUUGAUGUUGAAUUUUUCUGUAAGAACAACUCAGUGUUAUAUUAUCCAAAAUAUGUUAUCCGUUCCGUACCCCGGUCACAAUUAGCUCUGUAAAUCAACGCUCUUCUUCAAUUUUAGGCUUUGAAGUAAGUCUUUGAUAUUUGUCAGAAGCUCAUUGGAAAUCAUUUUGAUCUUGCCAAUAUUACCAGCAGUUAUCAACAACAAUACAUUGUUACAUAGCAAGGUGCAAUAAACGUACAACAUAAGAGCAUGCACCUUCAAAGUGGAGCCGCCAAGAGAGUUAAAACUAUAUUCACAAGACGCGAAAAUGUUUUUAAAAACACAAAGUUUGUCAACUCAAUUCUUACUACUUAAAAAAUCACUUAUAAGUUAUCACUGCCAGUUUUCUAAACCAGAACAAAUUUUUUUUUAAAAUUUCACUUUUGAUUAUACUUUUGAUCUCAAUGCCUUUUUUGUUAACAUUAUUCAUUCAGGUUGCUGAAAAUUUCAUGGUUUGUCUGCACUAGUCACUUUACACAAAGCCCUCAAUGUUGAUAAUCAUCUAUUAGGAAAUCUAUGAAGAAAUCUAUGAAGAUCUCUACCUACUGAGGUUGGCCAAGAAAUGCAAGUGUCUAACUCUGUGAAAUAUUCACUUAUUUCAGUGAAUACAUCAACAGUUUUUUAUAAGGGUUCAAACUUAUUGAAAGUAAAUCAAUCUAUCUAAUUUUGCAUUAUAAUUAACUCUGACCUAGUGCAAAAUUGACCAUUUACAAGCCUAUUUGAACAAGAAAGGAGAAGAGAUUACAGGCUGAGCUUGAUAAUCUUCAAGUCAAUUGCUACAGACUUCAAGGAGGCAGUAAUCAGACUUCACCGAGGCAGUACUCGGUCUUGUCUAUUAUUUGUUCACUAUCUAAAAUUAAAAAAUCUAGGUGCACAUGAAUAGUUUGGACUUUUAUUUUUUGAAAUCACCCUUCAGCUUGAAAGGACUUUUCUUAUUACAUUGUUUCAGAUAUAUUCAUCACACAAUAUCUGAAGAUGAGAUUCUCAUGCAAAUUAAUCCGGGGAGCAGCCGAAUGCCAUCGAAUCCAUCACAUGCAACACUGACAAUUGAGAGUCAAAAUCCCAAAACCAAAGUCAAAGAGGUCACCAGGUAUCAUUAAAUAAUAUUUUAUAUUUUGUUCAUAAUAUAUAUAUCCCCAAAAAAGGUAACCUACGGCUAUACCAAAACUAUCGCACAAUUAGCCUAAUAAGCCAUCCAAGCAAGGUCAUGCUGAAGAUCAUAUUGAACCAACUAAAACCACAUGCCGAAAGAAUCUUUGCUGAAUAACAGGCGGGCUUCAGAAAAGGACAGGGCACUACUGAGCAGAUUCUAAACCUGUGAAUACUAUGUGAGAAUUAUGCUCAACACCAACAAAACCUAUACCACGUCUUUGUGGACUUCAAGAAAGCAUUCGACAGGGUUUAGCAUGCUGCUUUAUGGGCCACCAUGAGGAACUACAACAUCAACACAAACCUAACCACCAUGAUAUGCAACCUAUAUGAUAAGGCCACCAGUGCAGUCUUCCUCAACAACAACAUCUGAGAAUGGUUCAAGACCACAGUUGGAGUACGACAAGGCUGCCUGAUCUCCCCCACCCUAUUCUACAUCUUCCUAGAGAGAAUUAUGUCAGAUGCUCUGGAAGCGCAUGAAGGGACAGUCAGCAUUGGUGGCAGAACAAUCACCAACCUACGCUUUGCGGAUGACAUAGACGUGCUGGCUGGGAAUGAAGAAGAGUUAGCCAACCUGGUAAAGCGUCUCGAUAAGACCUCGUCGUCCUAUGGCAUGCUAAUCAGUGCCGAAAAGACAAAACUGAUGACAAAUAAUACCGCAGGCAUCAUCACUGAAAUUAAGGUCGGGGAGGAAAGAUUAGAGACUGUCGGCCGCUUCAAAUACCUAGGAGCAAUAGUCUCAUAAGAAGGCUCCAGGAUUGCGCAGACUACAACAGCACUAAAAAAGCUCAAGAAAAUAUGGAAUGACAAAAAUAUAGCCCCCAGACCAAAAUCAGGCUGAUGCGCUCAUUAGUGCUCUCCAUUUUCGUGUAUGCCUGCGAAUCCUGGACAUUAACAGCCGAUCUUGAAAGGAAAAUAAAGGCAAUGGAGAUGAGAUGCUUCAGAAGCAUUUUUGGCAUCUGCUAUAGGGACCAUAUCUCCAAUGAUACAGUGAAAGAAAGGGUUCGUCAGGCCAUUGGGGAAUACGAUGACCUAGUGGUCACUGUGAAAAAACGCAAAUUGCAAUGGUACGGCCACGUAACAAGGAAACAAAGGCUUGCCAAAGAAAUAUUGCAGGGCACCACAAGAGGAGGGAGAAGAAGAGGAAGAAAAAUAAAAAGGUGGGAGGAUAACAUCAAAGAGUGGACAGGACUAACACGGGGCGAUGCAGUGCGUAGUGCUGGAGGCAGAGAGGAAUGGAGGAGGAUGGUUCACAUGUCAUCUGUGGCGCCCCAACGGUCAAAGGACUAAGGGACAUGACGAUGAGGAGGAUGUAUAUAUUAUUUUUUGGCAAAAUGAUUCAUUUUUUUUUUUUUUAAAUCUGACUGUAAGUGGAGUGUUGGGUUAAUUGGCCUUAAAGUAGGUCAUCAAAUACACAUUUUACAGGCCAAAUAAAAUCACAAACUGUAAAUGGAGUGUUGGGUUAAUUUGCCCUGAAAGUAGGUCAUCAAAUACAUAUUUUACAGGCCGAAUAAAAUCACAAACUGUAAAUUCAAAAUCAUUUAGGGUAAAAAAAAUAUUACAUGCACACACCAACACAUAUACACACACACUUUUUGUUUUUACCUUUGGUGAUCCAGAUAAGAGUUAGAUGGUUGUAUUGACCAUUGCCUGAGGUGAUCAGGACAGGUUGUAUUGAUCAUUGCUUGAGGUGAUCCGAAGAAGUUGUAUUAACCAUUGAUUGAGGUGAUCCACAGAACUUGUAUCGAUCAUUGCUUGAGGUGAUCCGAAGUAGUUGUAUUGACCAUUGAUUGAGGUGAUCCGGAGAAGUUGUAUUGACCAUUGAUUGAGGUGAUCCGGAGAAGUUGUAUUGACCAUUGAGUGAGGUGAUCUGGAAUAGGUAAUCGGGAAAGGUGAUCUGGAAAAGUUGUUUUGACCGUUGAUUGAGGUGAUAUGGAGAUGUUGUAUUGACCAUUGCUUGAUGUUAUCAGGAAAGGUUGUAUUUACCAUUGAUUGAGGUCAUCUGGGGAAGUUGUAUCUCACCGUUGAGUGAGAACACCCAGAAAAGUUCAAGAGGUUAAUGAUCCUUUAAAUAGAAUUUUGGUACUUUUUUUUAUCUUAACUUUUCUUUUUUUACAAAUUCUUUUAUAGAUUCAAAUGCACAUUUGCAGAAUGUGCACGUACCUACAGCACUCAUGGAAACCUUAAGACCCAUGAGAAGACACACAGAGGUACUGUCUCUGGACAAUUUUUAUUAUUAUACAACUUUUUAUCUUAGUUCUUUUAAAUUGACAUUUCAGUUUGAAUUUUAAUUUUGUUUAACAUGUUCAAUAAUAGCAAAAUGUUCAAUGGUGGCAGAAUGCUCAGUAGCAGCAGAAUGCUCAGUAGUAGAAGAUUCAUUAGUAGCAGAAUGUUUAAAAGUAGCAGACAGUUCAUUUAGUAACAAAAUGUUCAGUAGUAGCAGAAAGUUCAGUAGUUGCAGAAGGUUCAAAAGUAGCAGACGUUGAUUAAAAUUGUCCAUAUUCUCACUUGAUAUAAUCUUUUAAUGGGAUAAAAUGAAUAACAGAUAGAUGAUAUAAAUCAAAAUCAGUUUAUUCAAUCAAGGAAUAUUGUUAAAUGUAUGAAAAGACAACAGUGGAGGGGAAUGGUAGCACACAUGCCUCACAACCACAGUCUAGUGGGUUUGAAUUUUUUGGGUGUUGUCAGUACUUAUAAACCAGUAAACUGAUGGAACUGACUUGGCAGUCUGUCCUUAGUUAUAAGACAGUAGAAUGAUGAAACUGACUCUGCAAUCUGUUCCUAGUUAUAAGACAGCAGACUGAUGGAACUGACUCGGCAGUCUAUCCCUGGCUAUAGGCUAGUAUAAUUUUGGUUUUAUCUUAUAACUGCUAUACACAAUGAGGAUCCACUGCAAAUAAAACCUAUUAUGAAAGUCAACAUAGUGGUAUAUUGUAGGAUGAGCUGCUUAUUGAUUGCAGGUGAAUUAACAUUUGUAUGUAACGAGCUGGGUUGUGGCAAACGCUUCUUGACCUCCUACUCCUUGAGGAUUCAUGUCAGAGUGCACACCAAUGAGAAGCCAUAUGAGUGUGAUAAACCAGGCUGUGAAAAAUCUUUCACCACGAUUUACAGGUAACAGACCUUUACACCUGAAGCAAGCCUGGGCAAUUGUUAACAAAUCCAGUAGGUCAUAAAUUAGGGCACAUAUGUUUUAUCUAUUCAAGGUCAUAAUUUAAGGCACAUGUAAUAUAUUUAUUCAAACUUAUAAUCUAGGUCACAUAUAAUAUAUAUAUUCAAGGUUAUAAUUUAGGUUACCGGUACAUGUAAUAUAUAUCUAUUCAAGAUUAUAAUUUAGGGCACAUGUAAUAUAUCUAUUGAAAGUUAUAAUUUAGGGCACAAGUAAUAUAUCUAUUGAAAGUUAUAAUUUAGGUCACAAGUAAUAUACCUAUUAAAAGUUAUAAUUUAGGUCACAAGUAAUAUAUCUAUUGAAAGUUAUAAUUUAGGGCACAUGUAAUAUAUCUAUUGAAAGUUAUAAUUUAGGGCACAAGUAAUAUACCUAUUGAAAGUUAUAAUUUAGGUCACAAGUAAUAUACCUAUUAAAAGUUAUAAUUUAGGUCACAAGUAAUAUACCUAUUAAAAGUUAUAAUUUAGGUCACAAGUAAUAUAUCUAUUGAAAGUUAUAAUUUAGGGCACAUGUAAUAUAUCUAUAGAAAGUUAUAAUUUAGGUCACAAGUAAUAUAUCUAUUGAAAGUUAUAAUUUAGGGCACAUGUAAUAUAUCUAUAGAAAGUUAUAAUUUAGGUCACAAGUAAUAUAUCUAUUGAAAGUUAUAAUUUAGGGCACAUGUGAUAUAUAUUCCAGAUUAUAGUUUAGGGCACACAUAUAAUGUCUAUUCAGGUUAAUAAUAUAAUCAUGUUAUAAAACCAUUCUAGGCAUUAUGUCUUCAUGAAUCAUUAAACAAAAAACUGGUACUCUGUCUUUAGUUUUGGCUUGAGCCAUAUUUGUACUGAUCUUCUCAGUAGGUGCAAUAUUUGUACUGAUAUUCUCAGUAGGUUUUAUAUUAAAGUCUUGAAUGCACUCUGACCUCUAGAAUUAAUUUUCCUUAGAUUGCGCGCUCAUGAACGCCUUCAUUCUGGAGAAACCUUUAAAUGUGGAUCUGAUGGUUGCACUAAAUAUUUUACCACACUCAGUGACCUCAGAAAGCACAUACGCACGCACACCGGAGAAAAGCCAUUUGUGUAUGUAGACUUUGUUUCACUCAAACCGUUGUUCUUUAUUUUAAUAUAAAUAUUUUAAAAUGAAUUUAUUGUUUAAUACACAUUCAUAAGCCUAGUUUUUGUGUAAAUAUUUUAAUGGAACAAGUGAGUCAGUCUAGAACUAAAUCAUGCAAUACUUGAGUCAGUGUAGAGCUAAAUCAUGCAACACCUGCAAUGUCUGUUUAAAUAAAUACACUUGUUUGGUGUUGUUAUUUUUUAUUUUGAAUAAUGAUUGGUGCAAUAUCUCCUCAGAUGUAAUGAAAAUGGUUGUGGUAAGGCGUUUGCAGCCAGCCAUCAUUUAAAGUCCCAUAACCGAAUCCACACAGGUCAGUUGGUCACACCUUUUUUGUCUUUAAUAUGCUUGUUUUGAAAUAGUUGAAAAGGCAAUAGCAAUCUUCUUGUAGUUUAACUCAUUCCCUCUAGCAGUGCAACUUCCGUACUUAAUUUAUUUUCCUGAGAACAGGGAAGAAACACAGUUUUGAAAUUGAUUUACAUUUUUAAAAUAUUUUUUAAAGCUGCUUAAUAUCAAUAAAUGUUAAUGAAUUAAGGACCAAUGCAUCAAAAAAUGAAUAAGGUUUAAUAAAAACGUAACAUUAGCAGCGAAACAUUAAUGAACAAUGGCCAAAAAAUUUAUUUUUGGCACCUCGGAUGAACACAUGCUAGAUAUAGACGCGCCGUACUAAAGCACACAUUUUUAAAAGUGAAACAAGAUAAAAACUUGCGGUUUUUAAAUUAAAACUAGAAUCACGACAUAGCCGGAAGUCUCGAGGGACGUGAGAUUUCAUUGCUAUUUUUAACUAAAAAUAAGAGAGGUGUGUUUCUAUGCGCCAAGUCGCAUUUGGACACAUCCGUUGAAACCCCCAAAGGACGCAUUUAGCUGCAACCGUCGAGAAUGAGCUAAAACAUUUCUCAGAUUCCUUCAGAAUAUUUUUUUAAUUGUGAGUUAUAAUUUUAGAUUUGUGUGUCUAUUUUAUUUAAAUUUUGAAGGGGUUUUAUAUUUCAAUGUAUUAAAGCUACACAUUUUGAUGUCAGUUUUAAAUUUGUAUACAAAUUUUUAAAAAACGUAUUUUUAAAUUUGAUACUGUGGUAUGACUAGUUUUAUUUUUGAAAAAUAUUUAGAGUCAGAUGAAUUGCAUGAGAUAAUGGGAGCAAUAAUGUUCUAUAGAUUGGUCUUCUGCAUUUACAGAAUACAAAUAUUGGUUAGUUUGAAUUUCUAGCCUUUGAUUCUGUUGUAAUAAAUUUUGAUUAUAAAAUGAACACACUAUUAUAAAAUCAUGAAUUAAAUAAAUAAAGUUUGUUUUUAAUCUAGUAAUUAUCAAUGACUUCAGGUGACAAGCCGUAUGAAUGCACACAAGGUGGAUGUUGCAAAGCCUUUACAUCUAUUUCUAGUCUCAAGUUGCAUGUAUCUAAGCAUGAGAAAGAUACAGACAAGGAAAAGGGUAAGUGACAAAUUGAUCUUUUAUAAAGGGACAGAGACCAAAUAUGUUGUACAGGAAAGUGUUAAAAUGUGUUGUAAUGGCUGUGUUGAAAUUUGUUUGUGUGUGACUUUGUUAAAAUUUUUUUGUUUGCAGUACAUAACUGUUGAAAUGUGUUGUACACGACUGUUGGAAGGUGUUAAAUAUGACUAUGUUAAAAUGUGUUGUACAAGACUGUGUUAAAAUGUAUUGUACAUGACUGCAUUGAAAUAUUUUGUGUGUGACUGUUGAAAUGUGUUGUACAUGACUGUGUUAAAAUGUGUUGUCCAUGACUGUGUUAAAAUGUGUUGUCCAUGACUGUGUUAAAAUGUUUUGUAAUAACUGCUGAAAUAUGUUGUACAUGACUGUUAAAAUGUGUUGAACAUGACUUUGUUAAAAUAUGUUGUACAUGAAUGUGUUAAAAUGUGUUGUACAUGACUGUGUUGAAAUAUGAUGUAGGUACAUAACUGUGGAAAUAUAUUGUUCAUGACCAUGUUGAAACGUAGUUUACAUGACUGUGUAUUGUACAUGACUAUUAAAAGGUCAUGACGGAGUGGUGGUAGAGGGGUCUAAACUGAGUCAGUCCCAAGCUUGUGGACAGGAGCUCAAUCCCUAGCAAAAGCCCUAAGAAGAACAAAACAAACACCAGCCACACCCAAUUAUGGAUGGGACUCAUUAACCUUGGAUGGCAGCUCAUCUAAGAGAAGGCAUACUUGGAAAUCAAACCUGGAGAAGGAGACAUCAACACAAUGAUAAAUGUCUACAGAGCACAGUGAGACACAAGAAUUAUGUCUGCCCUUCUUCUGCCUCCUGUUCUAUUUCCAGUCAUCUUGACAGAGUCUUGCCAUUGGAUCAAUGGGCAAGUACCAGUGAGUUAGAAUGAUGAUGUGAGUGACUCUACCUCACUUUAAACAAAGUACAGCUCAAAUCAAGGCUACUACUCAAGUCAAGGCUACCACUCAAGUCAAGGCUACCACUCGGGUCAAGGCUACCAUUGAAGUCAAGGCUACCAUCAAGUCAAGGCUACCACUCAAGUCAAGGCUACUACUCAAGUCAAGGCUACUACUCAAGUCAAGGCUACCACUCAAGUCUUGGUCAAGUGUGCAAAGAACAAACAAUAAUAAAAUGGGUUGUUCUGUAGUGAGCAGAGUUUUUUUGUUUACAUUGAGUGUAAGAUAUUUUUGGCAUUACAAUGAGUGUAAGAUAUUUUUGCCAUUACAAUGAGUGUAAGAUAUUUUACCCUUAUGGCUACUUAAUUGAUUAAAGUAAUGUUCAAAAUCAGUUUCUGUUUGUUACUCAAUAAGUGUUCCUUCAUUAUUUCAUCUAGGCCAUCAGCAUUGCAACAACAUGAGCUCUAGCCAUGUGCUGGCAGAUGAUCUUGAGAACGCCAGCUCUAACAACACAACUGAUGUUAAAUGUGAACCAGGGCACGUAAGUCUCUUUCCCCCCCCCCCCCCCCCCCCCCNUUUUGUAAAAUGAUUAACACAAAAAGAAUAAGUAGUGUGCACACUGUCAAGAGUAUAGAGAAUAAAGUGUGUAAAAAGUUUUUUUUUUGCAUGCUGACAGGGGUAUAGAGAAUAAAGUACUUAUACAGUAUGAGGCACAAGCUGAAUAAGAUUUUAAAACUAGAAGAUGACAAUCAUUAUUGUAAUUUUUCCAUUACAGUCUAGACUGAGUGUCGAGCAAGUGAUCAACUCCAUGUAUUCCUCCCAGACUGUCCAAGUUGGAGAUGGUAUGUCAUUGUUUGGCCUAGUUUCCAAAGUGAUGUGGCAUGUCACUGCUAUUACUUUCAGACUUGUUUACCCUCAAACCCUUAAAAUCGUACAAUAUCAUCAUAUAAUCGUUCAAUACAUUCUCUUUAUAGAGCAAAAACGUGCUGUAUAUAUAAUGUAUACACCUCAAAAUCGUACAUUGUACGCCAAAAUCGUAAGAGUAAACAGGUCUGUUACUUUUUUUUUUACCGUUUUGUUCAGACUUCUUUUUUGGUGGUAUUCUUUUUGUCCAAUGUACUUUCAUGAAAAGUAGACUUGUAAGGAUCUCUGAAUUCAUUUUUGAUGAGAUUUUUUUUAUUUUGGCAGAGCCUAUCAUGAUGCUAAUGAAACGACCCUUAGAAAGAAAUCUUUUCUUAGAAAUCCUUGAUAAAAUGUAAUAUCAAGUACUAGGGGGUUUAUCAAGUACUAGGGGGUGUAUCAAGUAAUAGGGGGUUUAUCAAGUACUAUGGGGUGUAUCAAGUAAUAGGGGGUUUAUCAAGUACUAGAGGGUGUAUGAAGUACUAGAGGGUGUAUCAAGUACUAAGGGGUGCAUCAAGUAAUAGGGGGUGUAUCAAGUAAUAGGGGGUGUAUCAAGUAAUAGGGGUGUAUCAAGUAAUUGGGGGUGUAUCAAGUAAUUGGGGGUGUAUCAAGUACUAAGGGGUGGAUCAAGUAAUAGGGGGUGUAUCAAGUAAUACGGGGUGUAUCAAGUAAUUGGGGUGUAUCAAGUAAUUGGAGGUGUAUCAAGUACUAAGGGGUGUAUUAAGUACUAGGGGGUUUAUCAAGUAAUAGGGGGUGUAUCAAGUACUAGGGGGUGUAUCAUGUAAUAGAGGUGUAUCAAGUAAUUGGGGAUGUAUCAAGUAAUUGGGGGUGGUACUGAAAGUUUGAUGAAACAUGGUCACAAGUAACACUUUACAAGAAGCCCAAUUUGUGGACAUUUAUUUCACACGCCUGAACUAUAUUAAUAGUCCAUUGAUCCACCCACUUUUACUCAGCAGAUUUAUUGCAUCAUUUCAGAAAAACAAAGAACAUAUUACCCACCAAAUGCCUUUACUAUAUUUUGAAAAAAAUCUCCUAAGGUUUGACUAAACUAGGCUGUGCACAUUGGCGAUAUUUAUAGAUAUUUUAUGGAGAUAUUAGGGUUAUUUAUAGCUAUGUUAUGGGAUAAAAAUUGUUAACAGUCAUUGAGUAUUGUAUUUUCAAUGUCAAAAAGUUCAUAUUAUUCCUUGUUUUUCAUAGAGCCAACUGAUGGCAUUGUACAAGAGCUACUUGAGCCUGUGAUCCCAAUAGAACCAUGCCUAGAAGAGACUGUGGUCAAUGUUAAUUUAAACAACCAAACCAUAACUAUGCUGCCACCAAUACAAGCGGCGGUAAACAAUUUAAUGCAGCAGUCUCAGCUGAUCACACAGCAGUUGGCCUGCGGGCCCCAAGGAUGUGUGUCUGAGACCGUUGAUGUUGGUGGCGCAGUUAAUGCCACGGAGCGAUUGCUCACGCUGCCUGCUACAAUCGCAAACAUCCCAAUCAUCAAUUCUGAACUUGUCAAAAAUCUCUUGGGCACCAACAACACUAUCAUGGUCCAGGAUCGCCACGGUGCAAUAAUGCAGAUUCCCAGCUCUGUUUUGCUGCAGGAUCCAACAGCACUUGCCAGCCUGACAUCAUCAAUGGUCACCUCCCUAGGGCAGAGGAUGGACACCAUGGCAACUGUAUCUGCAACAUUCGAACCGUCAAGUAUGAUAUUCAACACGUCUCUGUUAGGUGAAGGCAAGUCAGGUUUAAACUCAGUGUCUGACCAGCCAAGUUGUUGUAGCAAAGCUGCUGUUGUCCUGCCCAAUCCACCAGCACUUCAUCCCAUGCAACAGAUACAACAGACUCUGCACUCUAAUCCUACCAAAUUCAGAACUGACUUUGCGGGCUUACUUGGAAUGCAAGCACAUGAAGUUCAAGCAGCGCAGUUGAACAGUCAGCAGAAUGUGAUAUUAAAUUAUAGUACUGACAAUUUAGAUCAAACUGAUGGUGCUUCUAUAUCCUCCCUCACUCUCAUGGACCCCCCUCGGACGACAUCAGACGUAUCUGCACUUCGUGACCAGACUGACAGUUUAGCUGAACCUCCGCCCGUUAUUCUCCAAUGCCCGCCAGUGGCUCACACACACAUCGCAUCUUCAGCAGCUUCAUGCUCCAAGUCCUGCUCAACAUCCUGCUCUUCAAUAGCUGCUCUCUCAAAGUCCCACUCUGUGCCUGACAGACCAGCUCUUCCCCAAGAUGGAACUCUGACUUCCGCCAUUCAAAAAGGGAUCCCUGUUUCCAUCUUGCCUGGUGCCAGUCCCGAGUCCAUUGUUCUCAACCAGGUCUUUGUACCUAUUUAUAGCAACACU